AUGGGCUGUCGUGAAGAUCACAAAGUGGGCUAUGCCACUUACAUGUUAAGUGGAGAAGCUGAAGACUGGUGGAGUUCGCCAACCAAACGCGAGGGGUAUAUCUCCUGGGAGGCGUUCAAGGCUUGUUUUCUAGGAAACUACUUCCCCAAAGACUUGCAGAAACAGAAGGCGGGGGAAUUCUUGGAGCUGAAGCAAGGAGUUAUGUCGAUAGGGGAAUAUGCGGCCAAAUUUCAUGAGUUAAUGACAUAUUGGCCCCACUUCCAGCAUGAAAGCAGCAAGGAGGAUUUAUGCGCUCAAUUUGAAAAUGGGUUAAGAGCUGACAUCUGCACUGCAAUGAGUGUAUUUCAAGUGACGGACCUCCCUACCUUGCUAACUGCCGCAUGUAGUCACUAUGGAAAGAUGGGGCAUCCAACUAGUGCUUGUUGGUUUGCACCUCAAAAGAGCAGAAGCGUCAGUGGGAGCAACAAGCUAGCACCUAAGAGCAGUAGUGGAUCAAAGUCCAAUGUCCAAGGCAAAGUGUUUGCCAUGACUGGCUCUGAAGCAGUAAAAUUUGAUGAUCUUAUCCGAGUAUCCACCCCUACAGAUAAGCCUCUAAUAACCUCAUACAUAUGUUUGGGUUGUUCUGUGAUGAUUCAUGGUAGGAAUUUCUUAGUGGAUUUGAUUUUCCUACCCCUUUCUCAGCUUGACAUUGUAUUAGGAAUGGAUUGGUUGUCGUCUAAUCACGUCCUUCUUGAUUGUAAAGAAAAAACACUAAUCUUUGGUGCUAAUGUACUGGGAGAUCCUAAAAUCACUUUUAUAAUAUUGUUCUCUGCUGAGGCAGAAAGAAGUGUGAAGGUGGAGCACAUACCACUGGUGAAUGAAUUCUUAGAAGUCUUUCCAGAGGAUGUAACCAAACUGCCACCUGAAAGAAAGAUUGAAUUUACGAUCGACCUCAUGCCAAGAGCAAGCCCAGUCUCCAUUGCACCUUAUCCCUCAGUAUUCUCAAAGAUUGAUCUACGAUCUGGUUACCAUCAAAUUCGGGUUAAGAAUGGGGAUAUUCCAAAGACCGUGUUUAGAACUCGUCACGGACAUUAUGAGUAUUUAGUUAUGCCAUUUGGUGUGACUAACGCUCUAGCAGUAUUCAUGGAUUACAUGAAUCGAAUCUUCCAUCAAUAUCAAGACCAGUUCGUAGUGGUAUUCAUAGAUGAUAUCUUGAUCUACUUGAAGAGCCAUGAAGAACAUGCUGAGCAUUUGAGAAUUGUCUUGCAGAUUCUGAGCAAACGACAGUUAUACGCAAAGUUUUCAAAAUACAAAUUCUGGUUAUCGCAAAUACAAUUUCUGGGACAUGUAGUAUCAUGCGAAGGAAUCAUGGUUGAUCCAGCUAAAGUUGAAGUAGUGUCUCAAUGGUCCAAACCGACGACUCUGAUGGAAGUUUGA